UUCGCGUCGGGGAACGCCAGUUGAUGUUAGCACGUCGGCGUUGUUGUCGCGAUAGUGCGAUCAUCGCCGGAAUCGGCAGCGAGAUUUUCAGCACUCGCAGUGAAUUCUCGUAAAGUAGCCGUUGUCCAUCAACUUCGGAGCAAGAUGUCAACGGAUGAGGAUGGCAGAACGUGCUGCAAUUCGCGGCAAAACGGCGUGGUUCAGCCGCUGUUGACAGAUUUGUAUCAGAUAACAAUGGCUUAUGCUUAUUGGAAGAGCGGCAAAAUGAAUGACUGUGCUGUGUUUGAUUUAUUCUUCCGUAAAAAUCCCUUCCAAGGAGAAUUCACAAUCUUUGCCGGUCUUGAGGAAUGCAUAAAGUUUUUGAAUAAAUUCCAUUAUUCUCCAAGUGAUAUCGAGUACCUGAAAUCAACUAUGCCUAUGGUAGACCAAAAAUUCUUCGAUUAUCUGCAGAGUCUUACCGCAAGAGAUGUUACAAUAUAUGCUAUAGAUGAAGGAUCUGUUGUAUUUCCAAGAGUUCCAUUGAUAAGAGUGGAAGGACCGCUAAUAAUGGUACAGCUUCUAGAAACAACUCUAUUAACACUGGUGAAUUACGCAAGCUUAAUGGCUACUAAUGCGGCAAGGUAUCGCAUGGCUGCCGGAAAGAACAUACGAUUACUAGAAUUCGGUCUUCGAAGAGCACAAGGUCCCGAUGGAGGAUUAAGCGCAUCUAAAUACAGCUAUGUUGGUGGAUUUGAUGGAACUAGUAAUGUGUUGGCUGGAAAAUUGUUUAACAUACCUGUAUGCGGCACGCAUGCACACGCGUACAUCACAUCUUUCACCGGUUUUGGCGAUUUGCGAGGAAAAACGUUGGAGCACAAAGAGACGGGCGAUGCUCUAGAUUUAUUGGAACUUGCUUUCAAGCAUCGUGAGACUAUCGCCGACGAUUUGGGAGCUCUAGCCUCACAGGCGUCCAGCGGAGAAUUAGCAGCUCUUAUCAGUUACGCUGUUGCUUUCCCAGAAAGAUUCGCCGCUCUCGUCGACACGUAUGACGUUAAAAGCAUUGAAGCGUCAGCCAAGGGGCAGGCACAAGUGGCUAGCCUAAAUGUAAAGAAUAAACUUCUAACUAACGGGUCCAAUACACACGCUCAAAGUGGCGUGAGAAACAACCCAUUUAUAUCAGAACCAACUUCGCAACUACACAAGAAUGGCUUUUUAAGACGAGGCGAAUUGGGCGAGCUCUAUGUGAGGAGUGGUCUCUUAAACUUCUGCGCUGUAGCGUUAGCUUUGAACGACUUGGGGUACCAAGCUAUUGGAAUCAGAAUCGACAGUGGCGAUCUGGCGUAUCUCAGUAACAUAGCAAGGGACACCUUCGAAAAACUUGCCGUCAAGUACAACAUACCGUGGUUCGGAAAAAUGACGAUUUGCGCGUCAAAUGAUAUCAACGAAGAGACCAUAAUAAGCCUGAACGAGCAGGUAAAGAACCACAAAAUCGAUUGCUUCGGGAUUGGUACGCAUCUUGUGACGUGUCAGAGGCAACCAGCACUGGGUUGUGUCUAUAAAAUGGUAGAGAUCAAUGGCGAGCCGAGAAUCAAGCUCAGUCAAGAGGUCGGAAAAGUCACGAUACCGGGCAGGAAGGAUGCCUAUAGAUUAUACGGAUCAGAUGGUUACGCGUUGAUUGAUCUUUUGCAAAAAACGACCGAAGAAUCACCGCAAGUGAUGAAAACGGUUCUUUGUAGGCAUCCGUUUCAGCAAACAAAAAGGGCUAACGUUACACCAUCUCGAGUGGAACCUUUACUCAAGAUGUAUUGGAAGGACGGCAAACUGUGUCAACCACUACCCACAUUGCAAGAAAUUCGUAACAAAGUACAAGAAUCUCUCAAUACGUUGCGUAACGAUCAUAAAAGAUAUCUAAAUCCCACACCAUAUAAGGUAGCUGUUAGCGAUGCUUUAUACAGAUUUAUAGAUGAAUUAUGGUCGCAAAAUGCGCCAAUUGGUGAACUACGGUGAAGCAUACUACUCUUAUACAGGAAUAUCGUUAAAUUAGUCUUUAGCAGUUAUGAACAGAGUAAUAACAGAGUAAUAAAAGAGUCAAGAUUUAAAAAGAAAACUGUAAUAUAAAAAUGCUUCAUCAAAGGCAGUCAAUGACGUCGCGAUUGAGCAAUGCGUACUACUGUGACAUGAUCGCGUAAUAUAGAGUAUAUGUACAGGAUGUCCCAUUUUAAUCGGCGAACAUUUCGAAGAAUACGAAAAAGAUACAGAAAAAUAUAAAAAAAAAAUAUUACAGUAGAACCUCCUUGUUUAUUCGAAUUUCUUUAUCCGAAACAACUUGAGGCUCAACUUCAAUUACGAACCGAGAGUCCGUAUAAUAGAGUUUGGGUCUCGAACUAUUCAAAUUAUUUUGUCCCCCGAUCGGUUCGGGUAAACGAGGUUUCACUGUAAAAUAAUAUUGUAUCAGACAAAAAUUAUAUAAGCUAUCAAUGAGAACAGGUGAUGCUGAUUUGUUUGAGUUUCGAAUUAAUUAGACAUGAUUGUUUGCUUACGAGUAAUAAUAAUUUUCGAUACACACGCUCGCGUCUACACAUCCAAAAAGAAGAAUCCAGAUCAUAAUCCAAUUAAACGUUGUGUUCAAAAAAUAAAGUAGUAAAAAACAGCGUCGUUGUCGACGUCAAGUGUGUUAGAAAUUGUCACAUUAAAACCUCAUACAAAUACCCAUUCUUAUGCAAUAUAAAUUUGAACGUCUUCAUGUGCCACGUUCAUUUGCAUUGUGAUAUUUGAGAUCAUAAAUUCCAUCUAUUCCGCCUUUGCGACAAGAAUUAAGGACCAUUGUCGUAGACUGCGUUUUUAUUAGUGAGCUAGUCGACAAAUAAAUCGGGAUCUCAAAUUUUUGUUUAUACGUAAUGGUUUUAGAUAAAAUUAAUUUUAAUGAUUAAGAUCAAGAGUAAAUUGCCAUAAUGUCCGUUAUUGGUCAAAUCAGAAUCAGAAUUGGCUUAUAAGUAAAUACUGCAUCAACAUCAAUGGUCUUGUAGCUUAUGGAUUAAUGAAUGGAUUUGUAGUAGGCUACACUUUAAUAGCUGACUGUUACACCAAUUUUUUUCGAAGUAAACUACCGUUUUUUUAGAGAAUGUUGAUUUGACACAAAUAAAAUGGGACACCCUGUAUAUAUAUAUAUAUAUGUAUAUCAUGAGGGUCCUAAAAGCAUAUUUUUUACAUUUUCCAUUGUUGAGAGUUUUGAAAUUAUAUCACUGUCGCAUCAUAUCGUUACAAUCUAUUUUGGUAAAUCGCGCGCGUCAAUCAUACAAUACGACAUAUUUAUAUAGUUUUACACGAUUUUAUAUAGCAAAUUAUUUCCUUAUAUAGAAAUGUAUUUGUAAGCUGUAGCUUUGUCGCAUGUACUUAUUCCUCUUUUUUUUUUUUUUUUAAUUAUACAAAAAGAAGUACAAAAUACGAUACAUGUGACUUUAGACAUAUGCACAAUUUAUUUAUAUAAAUUACGUUUCCAAUUUCUGCAUAAUAAUGAUUAGGACUUGCAAUACGUACUAAUUGAAGUGUUUCUCAUGAAAGAUAAUGCGUAUAAUAUGUAACGCAUACGCUACGAGUGUAAUUGUACGUUUAAAUUUCCAUCCUUAUCGGAUUAUCAAGCUGGUCUUUUUCACAUGUCUUUGUAUAAUUUUCUUUUAGAAUUUGUUCUGUGUUAUAUUUGUAUUACAUUUUAAUUAUUAUUAAGUAUUUAUAUAAUUGUUAUAAACUACUUUAGCGAUAUUUUCGUAUAAGAGUGUUAUACUCAAUAUAUAUUAACCGUUGUUAUUUACACAAAUGUACAAAAAUCGCGAGGAGCAUAAUAAUUAUUAUAUACACAUUUAUAAUUUUACACGCAUGUACGAUAUGUAAAAAAAACUUAUAUUGAAACAAGAAGAGAUGUGCAACUAAAAAAGAACUAAUGGAAAGGGAGAAAAGAAGAAGUGUUUGUUUAUAUCUCCAGAAGAGGAGAGGUAAUUGAUAUAAGAUGAGCGAAUUCAAAGACCAAUAUAUUAUUUGUUUAUAUAUUUUACUUGAGUUUUAGGUAUGUUUAGACUGUCAUACACAUGUAAAACAAGGGUCUCGAUAAUUAUAGUAUUUUUUCUAAGAGAAAGAUUUCUGUACGUAUUGUACUGAGGAUUUCAUUAUUUGUAUAACAAUGACAAAGAGACAUACAUAAUAGUCUUUGUAAUUAAAAAUGUAAUUGUUUUUCUCGCUUAA